GUCUGUGGCCCGGUCCUCUGGAACAUUGCCUUUAACAGCUUCCUAUCUCAGGAUUUUGGACAUCAUCAUAUCACGGCCUACGCCGAUGAUGCCCUUGUGCUUUUGGGGGGCCGCUCACGCACGGCACUUGAGGAUCAAGGCAAAAACAUUCUAUAUAACAUCCUAAACUAGGGAAACGAUAACAAGCUACAUUUUAACGCGAAAAAAACCAAAGCCAUCGUUUUUAACAAUCCCGGUCAACCCAACCUCUAUCUCAGGGUGCCCACCCUUAAAAUGGGCGGUCAGUCCAUUGCUGUUAAAAAUCCAUUAAAUACCUGGGCGUCAUCCUGGACUACAGGCUCCUUUGGAACCCUCACAUCGACUACAUUACUGACAGAACUGGUAAAAUCUUCACCGCCUUUGCAAGUAUUGCAAGGAAGCACUGGGGGCUGGCUUCUGAGGCUAUGGACACCAUCUACCGCCAGAUUUUUACCCCUAUUAUUACUUACACCUGCGGCAGCUGGAGUAGGGCAGUGCCCAAGGUCCACAUACACCGUAAAUUAAUCGCCGCACAAAGGAGAGCCCUCAUUUAUAUCACCAGAGCCUACUCUACCACCCCCAAUUUGUCUCUACAGAUCCUUGCAAGGAAGCCUCCAAUAGACAAGUACAUCAUGUCCUCCGCCAGUCUCUGGCAUCUCAAGCGUGAGCACAACAUUAAUAUGGACGACCUCAUUAUCAACAGCAGGGACCUCGAGAGCAGCAUCCCUCUUGCCAGCUCCAGGCACCCCGCUCUCCCCAUCACGAUUAACUUCUAUCAACCUAACCACGCCGACUUGGAGAUUUACACCGACGGCUCGAAAGCUGACCUCAACGUCGGGUGUGGCUUAGUCGCAUACCACAACAACACGGAAAUAGCCUCCGAACGCCAUAGGCUCAGUGCCCAUUGCAUCAUUCUUCAAGCAGAGCUGUUUGCCAUCAGUAGAGCAGUGGCCUGGUCCUCUGCCAACUACUCCAACUCCACCGUGGCGAUCAUUUCAGACAGCUUAUCUUCCAUUACACUUCUCCAGAAUCACUCGCACCAUCCCAUUGCCUAUGACAUCCAGAACAAUAUUUCUGCCUCCAAUAACUCCUACUACAUCCGUUGGACCAGAGCCCACCAGGGAACGCUCGGCAACGAGAGGGCGGAUGCCCUUGCCAAGUCCGCCAGCUCUGACCACGACCUCCCUGUGGCCUACAACAAACUUAGCAUCCACUCCAUCAAACUCAUCCUGAAGGACCAUCUACUCACCUCCUGGCAACGGGACUGGGAUGAGAGGAGGCAUCCCACCACACAUAGACUUAUUCCAGCCAUCAGAAAUUUCAUUAACAGCAAGUGGUACUGCCCUAAUCAACGCAUGAGCCAAUUCCUCACCAACCACGGAGGAUUUCACUCUUAUCUGGCGAGGUUCCACAACACCCCUAACCCUAACUGUUCAUUAUGCGGAGUCGUGGACAGUUCUUCACACUACCUCUUCGAGUGUCCUGCCCUAGAGCUGGAGAGGCUACACCUCAAAAUCUUUCUAGAGGCCCACGAUCCAUUUAAUGCCAGUGCUCCAUCUGAAUUUACUGCUGCAGAAGAAGAGAAUCUUAUUGAGUUGUCUUGCGACAAUAUGUUGAAAACAAAAUUUAGUAGCAUGGAAUUAACUGAAUUUUGGAUAUCAGUAAAAGAUGAAUAUCCCUUCUGA